UCUGGGCGCGCGACCGGAAGUGUCUGUGGGCGGCAGGGCCGAGAUGGCGGCGGAGGCGGAGGGCUUCGAGCACAUGGGGCUGGACGGGCGGCUGCUGCGGGCGGUGGCGGAGCUGGGCUGGGCAGUGCCCACGGCCAUCCAGGCGCAGGCCAUCCCGCUGGCCCUGGAGGGCCGGGAUGUGCUGGCCCGGGCUAGGACGGGCUCCGGGAAAACGGGAGCGUACGGGCUGCCCCUGCUGCAGAAACUGCUGGGCAUCAAGGAGGCGUCCCCGGCGGUGCCGCAGGCCGUGCGGGCGCUGGUGCUGGUGCCCUCGGCGGAGCUGGCGCGGCAGGUCGGGCACACCCUGCGCCGCCUCUCGGCCUUCUGCGGCCGCCAGCUGCGCGUGGCCGAGCUCUGCGGCCACUCGGACCUGGCUGACCAGCGGCCGGUGCUGAUGGAGCAGCCGGACAUCGUGGUGGGCACUCCUGGCCGUGUCCUGGCACACGUGGCCGGGCACAGCCUGGCACUGCGGCCGUGGCUGGAGCUGCUGGUGCUGGACGAGGCCGAUCUGCUGCUGUCCUUCGGCUUCGGGGACGACAUCAAAGCCCUGCUCUGCCACCUGCCCAAGAUCUACCAGGCGCUGCUGGUGUCGGCCACGCUGAACCCCGAGCUGGAGGCGCUGCAGGAGCUGGUGCUGCACAACCCCGUGCCGGUGCUGCCCCCGGAGCCGCGCCUGCCGGGCCGCUCGCAGCUGCAGCAGUUCCGCCUGAGCUGCGGCACCGAGGAGGACAAAUUCCUGCUGCUGGCGGCGCUGCUGAAGCUGCGGCUGCUGCGGGGCCGGGCGCUGCUCUUCGCUGCCAGCCUGGGCCGUGCCCUGCGCCUCAAACUCUUCCUGGAGCAGUUCGGCAUCGCCGCCUGCGCCCUCAACCCGCAGCUGCCCGCCAGGUCACGGUGCCACGUCAUCGCCCAGUUCAACCGUGGCCUCUACGACGUCAUCGUGGCCACCGACGAGGAGGGGCCGGCGGAGCCCCCCCGGCAGCGCCCGCGCAAGGGGGGCACAGCGAGGAAGGGACAGCCACCGCCGUGUCCCCAGGACCCCGAAUUCGGGGUCUCCCGGGGCAUCGAUUUCCACAAUGUCGCUGCCGUCGUCAACUUCGACGUCCCCGGCUCGGUGGAGUCCUACAUCCACCGCGUGGGCAGGACGGCGCGCGGGGACAACCCUGGCACGGCGCUGACGCUGGCACUGCCCGAGGAGCUCGAGCGGCUGCGGCGCAUCGAGGACGCGCUGGCCGGAGAGAACGGACAGUCCAUGCUGCAGCCCUACGAGUUCCGCAUGGAGGAGAUCGAGACGCUGCGGUACCGCUGCCGGGACGCCAUGCGCUCGGUGACCAAGCAGGCCGUGCGGGAGGCGCGGCUGCGGGAGCUGCGCCAGGAGCUGCUCAACUCCGAGAAGCUCAAGGUUUAUUUUGAGGACAAUCCCCGGGACCUGCAGGCGCUGAGGCACGACCGGCCCCUGCACCCGGCCAGCGUGCAGCCCCACCUGGCACACGUGCCCGACUACCUGGUGCCCCCCAGCCUCCGCGGCAUCGCCAAGCCCGGCCCCAAGAAGAAAAAAUGUCCCCGAGGAGCCGGGGCCCGCCGGGGGGGGAAUAAGCCCCGCGGCUCCGGGAAUCCCCUGCAGAGCUUCAGGUUCGCCCAGCGAGGGACCAAGAGAGGGACCAAGCGCGGGGCUGGGGGCACCCCCUGAGCCCGGGGCCACCUGGGGCCAGCCCGGGGCCACCCCAGGGACACCCCAGGGACACCCUGGGGUCACCACGGCCACCCCCUGAGCCCCCGGGGACACCCCUGGGGACACCAUGGCCACCCCCUGACCCACCCUGGGGACACCAUGGUCACCCCCUGUGCCACCUUGAGGACACCGUGGCCUCCCCCUGUGCCACCUUGGGGACAUCGUGGCCACCCUGGGGACAUCAUGGCCACCUCCUGUGCUACUCAUGGCCACCCUGGGGACAUCAUGGUCACCCCGACCCACCCCGGGGACACCGUGGCCACCCCCUGACCCACCCUGGGGACACCAUGGUCACCCCCUGUGCCACCUUGAGGACACUGUGGCCACCCCCUGUGCCACCUUGGGGACAUCGUGGCCACCCUGGGGUCACCGUGGCCACCCCCUGACCCACCCUGGGGACACCACGGCCACCCUGGGGACAUCGUGGUCACCCCCUGACCCACCCUGGGGACACCAUGGCCACCCCCUGUGCCACCCUGGGGACAUCCUGGUCACCCUGGGGUCACCAUGUCCCCCUCCCGAGGGCCGGGGGGGUCUCUGCGGUGCCCACCGGGGGUUGGUGACAAUAAAGGUGCCCGGGCACCGCUCUGCCGGGUGUCCCGUG